GUUAUUCGAUGUUCCGUCAAUCAAACAAGCAAAGCAAAAACACCAUCCCCCAAAUAGCACCAGAUGGAGCAAACGAAGCAAGGAAAACGCUGCCGAACAUCAGCGAAGCAUCGUUUUGCGACUAGCUUGGAUCAAAAGUGGUUCAAGAUAACAACUAGUGCCAUGAACAUCUUUUCUAUCCUCGUUGUUUUCAUGUGCGUCGCACAUCAAAGUGCGGCAUUUUCGACUGGCGGGAUUCCGACAACGGGUAGCACUCGAGUUCGGCAAAGCAAUCUCUGUUCUUCGAUCGGUGGCGCGAACGCGGGCGAGGAGUGGAAUGGCGAAGUUGUGUCCUCGGGAACGAUACGGGGAUGUAUUGUGACUCAGGUUGGAGAGUCAGUGACCGAAUGGGUAAUCCAGAUUGAUGGCGUCGAGGCCGAUCUCGGACGUUUCAGCGAGGCAAUUUACAAGCAAAUCACAAACGACGCGAAGCGACAAAGCUUCCAGGGAUUUCGAGCCGGAACCAUUCCCCCACAAUUGUUAAAAACUUACCGUGCGUACGCUAUGGACGAAUGCGCAAGGGAAACCGUGCUAGAAGCGAUGCAACAAAACAACAUUCGACCCUUCACCAAUGCCAGAGAAGAGAUUCGUAUAGAGGAAGUCAGUAUCCCCCCUCCCAAGCAAAAGGGCAAAAAGAAGAAGAAAAAGAAGAAAUCGAAGAAGGCAUUCGGUGGUGUUGAGAGCAGCGAACCAACCGCAGCCGUUGCGGAAGAGCCGCCAGCAGAACCAGAAUGGAAACUGUUUGAAUCUAUGGACUUGGCAAUCAGCGCUGGAUGGGCCCCAGGCCAAAGUUUCAGCUUUAUUGCAACAAAUGUGAAAGGACAGAAAGUAGUUCCAGAUGAUAAAGCCGAACAGGCUUUUCCACUUGGUGCAAGGCGCUAGGGAAGGUAUUGCUCGUCUUCUCUGCUCACAAGAGGGUCUUUGCCCGGGGCAAUUGCUCCUGAAAAAUCAAAACCACUUGGCAGGGCUGUAUCACUUUCAUGCACGAGAUCGACGAUGCGCAAGAUAGCUUCAAGUGCAAAGUCAUAUCAUAUUAAUCACAUUGAAAUGUCUUCUCACUCUAUAAUUUACAUAGAUUCUUUCUGCAAUGAAAAAUUUUCUGACCAUUGUAUCAAAUACGAUGAUAGUGUUGAUUCAACAUGGGAGUGACUGUCCUAAUAGUGGUAUAAAGUGUGUGCUAGUAG